GCUCACCGGCGGGGGAUGUGUGCGGAGGAAUCCGGGUGGACGGCGCGGCGCCGGGAUAUCGGGCGUUCGCGGGUGAUGUGUGUGAGGAAAGCAAAGCUGACAACUGCUGGAGCGCCCAUGGAAGGGAAUAAGCAUGCAAGUGAUAAGAAGGAUAAACUAACCGAUCAGAUAAUGCAGAAUCCUCAGGUUCUCGCUGCUCUUCAGGAAAGACUUGACAGCGUCUCCCAGACACCAUCAAGCUAUAUUGAAACUUUACCAAAAGCAGUGAAGAGAAGAAUCAAUGCAUUAAAGCAACUUCAGGAGAAAUGUGCACACAUAGAAGCGAAAUUCUAUGAGGAGGUGCAUGAGCUGGAAAGAAAGUAUGCAGCCCUGUACCAGCCCCACUUUGAGAAGAGGAAUAUCAUUGUUUCAGGACAGGAGGAGCCAUCAGACGCAGAGUGUGAAUGGCACAGUGGUGGCGAAGAAGAAGACAAAGACAAAUUAUCAGAAGAUGUUAAAAACAAAAUGACCAUAUCAGACGCACCAAAUACAGAAGACCCCAAAGGGAUCCCAGACUUCUGGCUCACAAUAUUUAGGAAUGUAGACAUGAUUAAUAUAUCUUUACAGGAGUAUGACGAGCCAAUAUUAAAGCACUUGCAGGAUGUAAAAGUGAAAUUCUCUGAACCAGGGCAGCCAAUGGCUUUCACAUUAGAGUUCCACUUCGAACCUAAUGAGCAUUUCACGAACACUAUUCUGACGAAAAUCUACAAGAUGAAGUCGGAGCCGGACUCUGCUGAUCCCUUUUCAUUUGAAGGCCCCGAAAUUGUCGAUUGUGAGGGGUGCACGAUCGACUGGAAAAAAGGAAAGAAUGUCACAAUUAAAACCAUAAAAAAGAAACAGAAACACAAGGGACGCGGCACCGUAAGGACUAUAACCAAACAGGUUCCCAAUGAGUCCUUCUUCAACUUCUUCAGUCCCAUCAAAGUAUCGGGAGACGGAGAAGACAUGGAUGAAGAGAUGGAGAAUUCUUUAGCUGCUGACUUUGAGCUCGGCCACUUUUUCCGGGAAAGAAUAGUUCCACGAGCUGUUCUGUAUUUCACCGGAGAAGCUAUUGAAGACGAGGACAGUUUUGAAGAAGGGGAGGAAGGAGAAGAGGAGGAAAUGGAAGGUGAAGAGGAAUGUGAGGAAGAAGAGGAUGAGCCAAAUGCUGUUAAAGUGUAAUGUUUUUUUGUUUGUCAUUCAUACAGUCCUAGAAAGAAGCAGUUCAGCCUGCCGAGUGCAAACAGCAGUGACCGGAUGCAUCUCUAGAGAGAAACCUUUCCAAAUAUUCAGGAUUCUAUUGUGCUGCAGCAGAUUUUUACAUCAAGGCUUAACUUUUUUUUAUGCAUGAUUUUUACUUUUUUCUCCUUUUUGGUUUUUUCUUUCUCACCUUUUUAGCCAGAUGUCUACAGCUGUAUUCUUAGAACUCUUUGGUCUCGUUGGGGUCGGGUGGAGAAGAAGCACAGUCUAAGUCUACAUGCUGUGUUUAGUUUUUCUUUUUUUUUUCUUUUUUUCUUUUCCAUUUUCCUUGGAAUACACAGCUACCUUAUUGACAAACAAAAUGUAAAAUAAAAAUAAAAAGAUAAGAUAGUGGGGGUAAUUUAUCAUAGACCUGCUUUUUACAUUGGUCUAUGAUAUCCCCUGCGCUGCCGGCGAAUGCACUUAAUUUAUGAUGAGGAACAGGCCUCGUCCUAUAUUAGACGCAUCCUCCGGCAGUCCAUGCGCCUAAACAGGAAUCUGUGACCGCUCUGAGCUGCCAUAGAUUUCUGUCUUCGUUUAUGCCAGGAAACUGGCACAAAUGAAGAUAAAUGUGCAGGGCCUGUUGCCCAUUCCCCUUGUCACGCCCUCUUUUUCAGAAAGUGUCAAGGGCAGGGUAAAAAUGCUGCUUGCAACAAAUUUUGUCGCAGUGGUGUUUUGUGACUUUUUUUUUUAUUUUCAUGCCAGAUUAUUCGUGUGCAGAGUUUUAUCGUUACCUGCACUGUUCUGCAGCCGUUGAGACAACAGCUCCUGUUGUGUGUCGGGGCAUGCUGGGAGUUGAAGUUUUCAGAAGGUUGUAGACCAUGGAGGCGUCUAGUGUUCACUCACAUCUAGUAACCUUCGCCUCAGGCCUCAUUGGCUGCUUGUCAAAUGACAAGUUGUCUAUUGGUUUGUGAUGAAAAUCCCAUUCAGACUGUUUCCUUUCUCCAUUUUCUUCACCGUAACGUGCAGUGAAAGCUCUAGUUCCCACAUGUGAAGAUUUGGACCCCUCAAUCCUUCCCUCCUUGGUAGGUGAAUAUCCAGCCUCUUCUAAUUUGCCUUACUGAAACUGAUAGUAAGUACCUGUCAUUGGCAUACCAAGAGAGGGUCCUAAUGCCCUGAGCAAGGAGCAGGAUACAGUAAAUUAAUUAAUCGGGUUAUCCAUCAUUUAGGGCUCAUGCACACGAGCAUGUGUGCCCAGUCCCGUGCUGUGGACCGUACAUUGCGGCGCACGGGCACUGUCCAAAUGCACACAGUUUGCCGACCCAUUGACAUGAAGAGACGGUCCGCACCACAAAAAAAUUAAUAGGACUUGUUUUAUUUUUUUUGCAUUGCGGAGGCACAGACCGAAAUCCCACAGAAGCACUCUCCAAUCCGUGCCUCCUCUCCGCACCGCACUGUAUCUUGAGGAUUGCCAUCCUAUACAAGUCAAUGGGUCUGCAUCCGUGAUAUUGAGCGCACACAGCUGGUGCCUGUAUACAGGCACUCGGCACACACGCUCAUGUGCAUGAGCCAUUAUUCUGAUCUCUAAAAGGGUUGUGCACGGCCCUGCAGCCAAAGUAUAAAACCACCAAUACCCUUGGAUAUGGCCUGUAUGGGAAUAAAGCUGCUCCAUCACUGCAGUAUUUAAUGAAGGCACUGUUCCUGUGCAGGACACCUUUAAGGUCAGACACAGACGGGCGAGUUCAGUGCGAGAGAAACUCGCUGCGCUUGUCGGUGUGAUUUCCUGUUCUGACCUCCGCUCCUCUCACAGGAUCGCACAACAUUAUAAUGAUUUAUAACUCUGAGAGACCUGAAAUCUACUAAAUUACACUGACAGCAUUAUGUCAGUGUAAUGCAAUAGAUUCCAGGACGUGUGGGGUCCCACAGCGUUAUAAAUUAUUAUAAUGUUGUGCAAUCCUCUGAAAGGAAAAGAGGUCAGAACGGGAAAUCACACUGACUCAUUCAGCGAGUUUCUCGCACUGAACUCGCCCGUCUGCAUCUGGCCUAAAUCAAAGUGUGUGCUUUAUUCUGACCCCAACACAGAAGCGUCCAUGUAAAUGGUGUCCCUAAUGAGGUGGGGUGUACAAGGAGCACAGAGGAAAGACUGAAAAUGCCUGAACGUUGAAACCCUUAAGUUAAUAGAUAUUCUGCUUAUUUAAAUUGUACAGUGUAUUUAAAACUCAAUAAAAUAUGGAACGACUGAACCUGCCACAUGCAGAUAUUUAGUAGGUCACUGUUCACACGGAGGGGCAGUGCAGCGACAGAAUGUGUCAUCAGACAUCCUGUUGUCGUCGUCUUGCACUCCUUUGUUACAUGGCAUCUUUCAUUGACCUGUGUCAGUGGGUGACGCUUCCGAACUGCAAGCUGCAGUAUAUUUAAAGGGGAGGCAGCUUCCUCUUAUCCUGGACAGCGCCUUUAAGACACAUUUAUACUCUUUACUGUGAGUGGAAGCUUAGGACAAAGGUUGUAAGAAAUGUGCAGGGGACUGUGGCGCUUUGCCCUGAGCGGGCAAGACAAUGCAGCUGUUUUGCACACUUUAUACUUUAAGUGCCAUGGAAGUCAAUAGGAAAAUGAUGGCGGUCGGUGGCAGUUUCCAUUGACCCCUAAGAGGAUUUUUAAUUUUCUGCUUAAUCCAGAAGCCGCAACUUUUUGCCGGCAGCCGCAGACCGGCAACCUUCUUAACCUUUGUUUUGCAUAAGAUGGGGGGCAACUGUGACGAAAACGGUGAUGCUUAUUGACCCUUUACAGACCUGUUUGAGGCCUAUAAAGGGUUAAGCAUGCAGGCACACAGCUCCCUGACCCCUUAGUGGUGCCAGUUCAAGAGACCAGGACUUUCUUUGGGGGCGUGCCACGCUUCCGCCAUCUGUUCUGUGUGAUGAUUGGCUGUAGGUCACGGAGGAGCAUUGUAUUAAUGUACCGAUUUAGCGCUGGAGCCCCUAUCUGGACGGGGUUCCCAUUUAUCGUACGUUGGGCACUCCUUCGUGUGGGUCAUGGGGGAGGGUUGGUUGGUUGCGUCUUCUCCUGCCCCAGAUACACUGGUGUCCUGGUUUAGACUCUGCUGUGUUUCAUUACAUUUUUGCAGGCUUCAUUAUUUAUUGAUCCAUCACAGUUUCUUUGUGUUAGAAUUUCUCAUUUGUUUUUCAAGGACAUAUUAAUAAAGCGAAAAUGAGAAAUGAC